GCUGGUGGUUAUCCAACCGCUUAGAAGGAAUGAGCAAGCCGACGACGGACGUAGUACUCGAAGUUGCCCCCACCGCGGCAAGCCUCGUCCUCGUGCGCGCGUACCUCGACAAGUGGAACCUCUCGUACAGUGCGUCGCUCUCGCUCGAUUCGCGCUUUAAGAACAUCGUCCACGCGGUGCUCGGAAAACCCACGCCGUCCACGCCGUGCCCCCUCGCCGUGGUCCAUAUUAAAUUUGCUCUGAGCGACGACCUCCGCGACGUCGCUAGCUACGAGAUUGAAGGCGAGCGCCACAUCUACAAGCUCAAAGACCACAUCCACUUUGACGAGCGCAUCUUGGACCGCAUUCUGCGCCGCAAGAUCGCCAUGAAGCAAGCCAACCUCGUCGACGUCAGCGACGAGUACACCCGCGCGCGCGUCGCACCGCCCAAGUACGACGACGAUGCGAAGCCAUCCAGCGACGACAAUGACGCCAAGGCCAAAGAGGUCGGUGACGAAAAAGCCAAGGACGACGACGAAGCGUUCGAGUCCCUAGACGACAUGGACGCCGUCGAAGCGCGCCUGCGCAAGCUCUUUCGCGAAGGCGACACCAACAACGACGGCCACCUCACGUACCUCGAGUUCCGCACGAUCCUCAAGAAAAUCCAGCGCAACAUGCGGAAGGAAGAGGUCGACUUGCUCUUCACCCAAGCCGACGUCGACGGCAACUGCCGCAUCGUCUACAACGAGUUCAUUUCGUUUGCGAUGGACGUGCUGCGGCGUCUCAGCGCCGGUCGCAAGUACCAGCACCGGUUUGAAGACUUGAAGGAGGACUACAAGGCGCUCCUCUCGGAAGAGCUCGAACCAACGGUCAAAGCCCUUCGCCAAGCCUUUGACGCCGCCGACUAUGUCCCACCCAACGCGAUGGGCCGCACGCGGGACUAUAAAUUGACGUACGACCUCUUCUUCAAGUGUCUCUCGAGCCCGCUCGCCAACCUCAGCCGCGAAGAGAUCAACAUGAUCAUGGCGCUUUCGCCCAUGGACGACGACGGCAAGUUCGAGUACGCCGGCUUUGAAAAGGUGCUCUACGAGGCCAUGUACCGUGUCUCGCAGGGUCAAAGCCUCGCGCUGGCCACCGACAUUGCUGCCUACUUGCGCGGCCAGUUUGAACACGCGCACGAAAUCUGGGCCUCGUCACUCGACGAAGAGGCGCCAGCGGGACGACUGCCCCGCCGUGUCUUGUUUGAGAGCCUCCACGGACUCAAGCGGCUCAUGCUGAACCGCAUCCAGUGCAUUGUCGUGAUUGGCCUCGCCGUCAUCGACGAAAUCGACGGCCUCGUCGACUACGAAGCGUUUGCAAAUCGCGCAGGGCCCAAGAUCCGCGAGCUCAUCCAUCCGAACCAUGUGUCGCGGCGCCUUCGCAUGGCCCGGACGGACGAAGCGACGAUUGCUGCCAUCUUCCAGGGCGUCGACGACCAAGCGGGUCUCGAAAGCAUCCUCGUGAGCGCGUUUCAGCGCGAAGACAGCGACCAUGACGGCGUCUUGCGCCUCGACGAGUUCCGCGCAGCGAUGGAACACACGACGUUGGACCUGAGUAGCGAGCAGGUUGUCUCCAUGAUGGCGGCUGCGGACGAGAACGGCGACGGGUGCAUCGACUAUGCCGAGUUUGUCCAAUUUGCCGUCGUGAAUUUGGUCCAGCUCAAGAAGGAGGCACGGCUCCUACAGAUCAGCGAAGAAGAGGAAGACGACGACGAGAUCGACGACGCCAAAAGCGACGCCAAGUAGUGUACGCAUAAGAACGAUGGACGCGACUUGCUAUUGUAGUGUCG